UACUGAUCAUAAAAUAUUUGUAUAUAAAACUAUAUAUGAUAGGCAGGAAUCCUCCUCAGCCCUUCAUUCCUCGGACAUAGCAUGAAGACAAGGAUGCUAUUGUUUCCCCCCAAAGGCACUUUUGUACUGGACACCAUGUCCUUGCUGUGCCUCAACUUGUUCCUCUUCAACAUUAGCGUCAAGACCGACCUGAACAUGCUGAGGAAGCCGAGCAUGAUGUCGAUAGGCGUUGGCAUUUGCGCAUCUCUUCCUCCGCUUCUACUCUGUGGCCUACUCUAUUUAGGCAUCAAAGAGGCAUUGCCUUCAGAUACAAAACUUGAUAGUCUUCUCCUUCUUAUAGCUUGUCGAUUUUCACUCACCUCCUUCCCUGUCAUUGCCGACAUUCUUGAUGAGUUCGGCUUCCUCAACACCGAACUCGGCCGUGUCGCCACUACCACUUCUCUUGUUAGUGAAGCACUUGCAUGGCUCCUCAACUCAUUUAUCUUCGCAUCUCAACUAGUACCUGACCAGUUCCUUAUCAAGACCAUCAUGUCAGUCGUCUCCUUCGGCAUCUACUUGCUCAUAGUCCUUUUUAUUCUCCGGCCAACAAUUCUCCGCAUCAUCAAGAAAACUCCCGUCGGUAAUCUCAUCGACGAGGGCUACUUUGUUGGAGUCAUUCUCUUAGCACUAACAUCAGCUAUGCUCACUGAAUUCAGCGGGUACCCGGCGCCAUUCGGACCCAUAAUUCUAGGCUUGUGCUUGCCCGGAGGGAUGCCGUUAGGGGUGUCACUAUCCGAGAAGCUCGACGCCUUUGUUUCCGGCGUGUUCAUGCCCAUAUACUUGGUGCUUGCCGGCUACCGGACCAUCCUAACCAGAAUAGACAAUGUUCAGACAUCCUUAUAUAUUGGACUCAUGAUCUUUGUGGCUGUAUUGGGGAAGUUCAUUGGGACAGUGUUAGUAACUCUCUAUUUCCGGUUUCCUCUCCGUGAUGCCAUCGUAAUGGGACUCAUGAUGAACUUGAAAGGAAUCAUCGAAGUUAAUUUCUUCAAUGGCUGGGGUGAUACCUUGAUGGCAAACGGCCAAGAAUUCAGCGUCCUCAUGGCUUCAACAACUGUGAUAACAGCCAUCUCAACGCCAUUGAUCAAGUACCUUUACAAGCCUUCAGUAAGAUACGUGACCAGCAAACGCCGAACCAUGGAACACGCCCGGCCCAACACCGAGCUCAAGAUCCUCACCGCCGUCCACAACGAAGAAAACGUCCCUCCAAUUAUCGAGCUCCUGGAGGCUUACUAUCCCACCAGCGAUAGCCCACUAAUCAUCUACGUUCUUCACGUCAUGGAGCUCGCCGGUCGCACCACCGCCGUGCUGGCACCUCACAAAAGAAGCAAGAAAUCAAGCAACACUACGGUCUCUGAUCGCAUCGUCAACGCCUUCCGUUACUACGAGAAUAAGAACGAAGGCUCUGCCUCAGUCUUACCAUUCAUCGCUUUAGCUCCAACCCACACCAUGCACAACGACGUGUGCUCGCUCUCGCUGGAGAAGAAAAUUCGUCUCAUCAUCCUCCCUUUCCACAAGCAAUGCGAAGGACCUUUAACCACCAUGAGCAACCAAGGAUUCCAGGCCAUGAACCAGAACGUGCUCACCUAUGCACCUUGCUCUGUCGCUAUCCUCAUUGACCGCCGGCACUCUGGUGGCGCAACGUGCACUCUCACCAAUGACUUGCUUAACCACGUGGCCGUGUUCUUUCUCGGCGGUGGUGAUGACCGUGAGGCUUUGUCCAUUGGCAUGCGUAUAGCCAGGAACUCCAACAUCUCCCUCACCAUCAUACGUUUCAUCUCUAGAGGUGAUUUCAGAGAGCUGGAAGAUGAAGAGUGGAAGCUUGAUAACAAGAUGAUGGAUGAACUUCGAACUCAGCAAAAUGAGAAUGUAACUUAUAAAGAAGAGGUGGUGCAAGACAGUGAGGAGACGGUGGCGAUCAUAAGGUUGAUAGGGAACAAGUUUGAUCUUGUGAUAGUGGGGAGGAGGAUGGGAUUGGAGUCAUCGUUGACGAAUGGGAUGUCGGUUUGGAGUGAGUGUGAGGAGCUGGGAAUACUGGGAGACUUGUUAUCUUCGGAGGAUUUUGGGCUGAAAGCGUCCAUUCUAGUGGUGCAGCAGCAAGUGAGGGCGGAGGAUCAGACCAGUGGUGGUGGUGGUGGUGGUGGUGUUGUUGGUGUGGUGGACGUGAAUAAUGCAAGCAAGGCAAAGCAGAGGACUAUAACUAAUAUUUUGAGCUUGAAUGUUGGGAUGACGACCAAGCAGGAGGAGGGCAGGGAUGUCUUGAUCCAUAGAGGAGUAACCUCACCUUGA